AUGUAGUAAAAUUGUUUUAGUAGACAUCAAAAUUCUAUGUAGUAAAACAAGACAAAAAAAAGUGCAAACAUGGAGCAGUCAAGUGUAAAAACCAGAAAUGCAAUUACCGAAUCCUCGCCAGACCCACAUUUUAUACCUGGGUACACUGGUCACUGUCCCUGUGCAAAGGAAUACUAUGGUAAAUCGUAUGGCGCUAUGACCUAUGACUUAUUGGUUAAUAGAUGUACAUAUCAUUCUCCAAAGUACAUACUCACCGAGGUCAGAGCUAAAAAACCCGUGUACAGUGAUCCCAAUCCAGAAACUUUGCGUAUAUUAGAGGAACGUGAACAUCAACGCGAUGUUAAAUACAGACAUCCGAUAUUGAUAGGUUAUGGUGGUCACUUACCUAAGUACUAUACAAUAGUUGGAAAACGUUUCUUGGCAGCGGCAGAAGAUGGAGUGAUUGCACUAAAUGCUAGAGUCCAUAGCGACAAUUGCCACCGAAGAACAUUAGCGCAUAGAGAUGUGUUGAAUGCCGGGUUAGGUGUUUUCAGAACUAAAACGCACGAGCGAUACAUCACUUCGGCUAAAUAUAGGCCACCAUUGAUGGAAACUACACCCACGUCAGCUACCAUUAAACUUGAUCCGAAACCACCUUGUGAUGGCAAGCGACAAAUUGUUGACACUGGAUAUGCACGGGAGACUCCUAUACCUUACCUGGAUAACAGAGACGUUCAGAAGUACUUAAUGACGGGUUAUGCGGGCCAUGUACCAAUGGCAAGUAGCCGUUUUGGUUUAACUCAAGCUAUCUUAAAUAAGUUCGCUUUGAGAGAUUUCAUUCAUUUACGAGAUAGAAUGCGAGGAUUGGAACCUUGCCCGAAAUGCGAUGGUGCUCUAUUUAAUGCAUGUGAGCCGUUCCAUAAUCCAUGUGCAUCUGAUUAUAUGGCUAGCUUCAAGCAAGAUUUCCUAGUAUAUCCAAAAACAGGUGUUAUGUCGAGCUAUGGUGGUCAUGUUCCUGGUUUGAAUUACUCUCUAGGCGAAACCUACAACAAGGCUAGUAGGAAGGCUAGAACUCAUUUAGGGGAAUGCAAAUUCAAUCUAUAUUAUUGAUUAUUACUCUGAUUUCUGUUGACCCUUCCGUCUAUUCCAUCUAUAAAAAAUACUAUUAAAACUGGACACAUAUUCAAGGCACGAAAAAAAUUCAUAAAAUAGAAUGUGUAUUGAGCAGGUUUUCUGGUCUUAUAUUUUGUAUCAAAUAAAGCAAUAAAAAGUCAUCUUUUGUUA